AUGUUUUCAAUUGCUGAAUUAGAACAAUUACAAGAUGCUCAUGAUCAGUACAUCUCCUUUAAUUCGUUCCUAUCGACCAGUAAAGACAGAUCAGUAGCAGAAGUGUUUGCUGGCGAAAACAUAACGUCAACCUUAAUCGAUAUUGGAAUUAACCCAGAUAUUGCUGAAUUAACAAAACCCUAUGCAUCAAUUUCACAUCUAAGUCAGAUAGGAAAUGGUGAUGAAAAGGAAGUGUUAUUUAUGUUGGGUGCAAUAUUUCGUGUUGAGAGUAUGGCAAGACAAGGUGGCAUUUGGGUCUUGAAACUUCAGUUAGUCAAUGAAGAUCAACAUCAUUUGAAAGAAUUAUAUCGCUAUCGUAGAGAAGAAUUAAGUGAUCAAACGAGUCUUGCUGAUCUUGAACCACUGUUGUCGGAAAUGAACGGAUUUGGUAUGGAUAAAACUUCAAAUGUAGCUAAACAAGAACAAGUUAAAUACAAUUUAUCGACAUAUCUCUUACGUGGAGGAAUACAAAUAAUUAAAACUUUCUUUGGUAGUGACACUGUUUGGUUAGCACAGCCGCUGACUAAUUUAGCCUUGGCUUACUGUGAAGUUGAUGCUUAUCAAUUAGCAAUUGAAUAUUUGGAAAAAUGUCUGUCAAUUCAAUAUAACAACAGAUGUGUUGGUGAUACUGCUCGUAUCUGUGAUACACUUCAGAAUUUAGGUCUUGUUUAUAAGAAAAUGGAAAACUAUGAUAAAGCAUUGGAAAAAAUUAGUGAAUCAACAUUGAUACGAGAGCAAAACUUGACAUCACAGAAUCAACAUUUAGCUUUGGCGGAGAGUUAUAUGAUUACGGCUGAUUUAUAUUUGGCUUUAAAAAAGUACGAUUUAGCUUUAGAAUUUGGAUAA